AGCUGUUUCAGCCCCUAGUUCAGAUGCCUGUGUUUCUCGGGCAUGGGCGGACAAUGCAGUAGCAGCUGCAGCCAGAAAACAUACGAAAAAGAUCAAGAAGACUUAGAGGAUGGGAUCGACUCUGUUGCCUCCACACAGGUUGGAGCCCAUGAGAUUCUCGAAUUCUUGAGUAAGGUACAGCUCUUCAAGCGCUUACCACAGGAUGUGCUUCCGUCGCUAGCUUCAGUCUGUGAGGUCAAAGACUACCUGCCAGGCGAUGUUGUUAUUGAGCAAGGCGAUGAUGGGCAUGAACUCUUUGUCAUCAGGUGGGGCGUUACGUCAGUCCAGGUCAAUGGCCAGGAGGUCGCCCAGCUGAAGGAAGGGGACUAUUUUGGAGAGAAUGCGCUCUUGAGAGACGAGCCGCGCACAGCCACCAUCCAAGCGAAGGCCCCUUUGUCCACAAUCAUUGUGCGGCGCUCUAAAUUUGAUGAGCUGGGCUUACGCGAAAAGCUACAUUUCAAAGUGCGGAAGGCCAUCGGCGGAGGCUUCUUAGAAACUGCUGCGGCCAAGCCGCCCUGUUCGAAGACUCCUGCAGAGCGUGAGGUCAUGGAAAGGGCAUUGAAGAACAACUCGAACUUGCAAGGACUGGUGGCACUUGAUGAUAAGAGCAUCCAGCAGCUAAUCGAUUGUGCUUGGGAGGAACAGGCGCCGGCUGGCUACAAUGUCAUCAGUGAAGGUGACAUCAAUGCAAGUUUUUUCUACAUCGUAAAGAACGGAAAGUUCGAUGUGAUGCAGAAAAGCUCAGAAGCGGGCAAGGAUGAGGUUGAACGUGUUGGGCAGCUCAAAAUUGGCAACAGUUUUGGAGAGCUGGCGCUGAUUUAUACCGCACCACGUGCGGCCACUGUCAAGGCAGUGAUUGACUCCGAGCUUUGGGUCAUGGAUAGGUCGGACUUCAAGAAGAUCCUUACAGACAAAUAUGAUAAAGCCAAGGAGUACGUGGUCUACCUUGACAAGGUGGAUCUUUUGAGGGACAACCUGAAGGCAGAGGAGAAGCAGGCUUUAGCCCAAUCCUUAACUGAGAUGUCCUUUACGGAUGGUGAGUUGAUCUUUGAACAAGGUGAAGCUGGUGACUCUUUUUACAUCCUCAUUGAUGGCCAGGUCUCUGUCAUCAAAAACGGUGUCGAGCAAACCCGGCUCACUGCCACUGCAUCGUCAGCUCAGCAUUUCGGCGAGCGGGCGUUGCUCAACAAUGCCCCCCGGGCUGCGACCAUCAAGGUCACUUCAGAAGUGGCAAAGACCCUUCGCUUGGACCGUGAGACUUUCGAAUGGCUUUUGGGCUCGCUGGAGGAACUUCAGAGGAUGGGCAAAGACCGCCCUGUCGUUGUCAUGAACCCUUUGACCAAACUGAUUAAGAGUUCCUCGUUGUUGCGCAGCGCGUCGCAUAUUGGGACCUGUGGAGGCGACCGGGAGUACGAGAGUCUUGGUCCCAUAGAGAGGAAGCACCUGAAGCCCAUCGGCUUGCUGGGCUGCGGUGGAUUCGGAUCCGUGGAGCUGGUGGAGCACGAGCACACGGGGGAGACCUAUGCACUGAAGGCUAUGAGCAAAGGUUUCAUAAUCCAGUGUGGAAUGAAGCAGAGCGUCCUGACCGAGAAGGCGGUGCAGAUGAUGUGCAACUCGCUGUUUAUCAUCCGUUUGUACGAGACUUACAACAGUGACCAAACUCUCUACUUCCUACUGGAAGCCGCCCUUGGCGGUGAGCUCUAUGCGACGUACAACAAAAAGGGAUUCUUUGGGAAGGAGAACUUUGCUCGCUUCUACACGGCCGGGGUGGUGAUGGCUUUCGAGCACCUCCACGGAAAGAAGAUCCUCUACAGAGACUUGAAGCCGGAGAACCUCUUGCUCGAUAACAAGGGCAAUGUGAAGCUAACUGACAUGGGUCUCGCGAAGGUUUGCAUUGGCAAAGCGUAUACCGCUUGUGGAACGCCCGACUACUUCGCACCCGAGUUGAUCGCUUCCACAGGCCAUAACCUCGCCGUUGACUGGUGGACCUUGGGUAUUUUUACCUUUGAGCUGCUGAGUGGCCAUCCGCCCUUCGAAUCCUCAUACCCGAUGCAGACCUAUCAGAAGAUCAUGCGAGGCAUUAACAAGGUUGCAUUUCCUCCAAAGUGCAAAGGAUCUGCGGAGGACUUAAUCAAGGCUUUGUGCAAGUCGGAGCCGUCUGAACGGUUGCCGCUGAAGAAAGGUGGGACCAGAAAUCUCAAAACGCACCCGUUCUACAAGAACUUUGAUUGGGAAGCCCUCCAAACCUUGAAGCAUUUUGCUCUCAGCCCAGCCUGCGUCAAAGCCAUGACCAGAAAGAAGACGGGCGGAGGUUUGGGAAACUCCCUCACCAAUGACCGAAGAAAACGAGGGGCACAACAAGCAGGCUACAAUGCCAGUGGCGUGGCAGAAGGCCAGGCACAACGAUCUGUUUUAGAGCAGAGUUCCCUCGAUGAUUUUAUCGCAAAGGCUGAGCUGGCGCGGGCAGACUUCCAAUCAACCCGGGGCGUGACCGUCGAGUGCACGACAGAGGUCAUUGUCAAGUCCGGCAUGGAUCCCGCAGAAACCCGAGAAAAAGAAAUUGCUGCGAGGAAGGUCGUGGUGCCCAUUCCUUGGAGGCCUUCCUGGAAAGAGGCUGCCAACGGAGAUGAAUUGGCGGCGGCUGAGGGUCAAGCUUUUCUAUCCUGGAGGCGCGGCUUGGCGAAGAUGGAGGAGGAGGAUGGGAUGAUUUUGACGCCGUACGAGCGCAACUUGGAAUUUUGGCGCCAGCUCUGGAGGUGUGUCGAGCGCAGCGAUGUCUUGGUUCAGAUUCUGGAUGCCCGUGACCCGGAGUUUUACCGGUGCAAAGAUUUGGAGCGAUAUAUCGAACAGUUCCCUGGGAAGCGUCACUUGCUGCUGCUCAACAAGGCGGAUUUCCUCUCAGAUCAUCAACGUGAGACCUGGGCGGCAUACCUUUCAGAGCUUGGCGUUGAAGCAAUUUUCUUCUCAGCUCUCAGAGAGCUUCACCGACAGCAACGAGCCCCGGCGGAUGAUGAGCAGAGUGAAGCAGAAUCUGAAGAGGAAAUUGACGAGUCAAGUGACUCAAGUGAAGGUCACAGUCCAAGCCACCCAAGCCACCCGAGCCACCCAAGUUCCAAACGACUUCCGCCACAUGGUUCUCUUGAGGAUAGUGGAGAUGUGGUGGACUGCUCUAAACUCAUAGAGGAGCUUCAGAGUCGAAUGCCUGCAGGACGACGCGGUGUUGUGGGCUUUGUGGGAUAUCCCAAUGUCGGAAAGAGCUCGGUGAUCAAUGCGCUCUUCGGAGCAAAGAAGGUCUCCAUGAGCCGGACACCAGGGAAAACAAAACAUUUACAGACCUUGGAACUGGCUGAUUCAAACAUCACUCUCUGUGACUGUCCGGGCCUUGUCUUUCCGUCCAUUGUUGCGACCCGAUCUCAUUUGGUCAUCAAUGGCACGGUUCCCUUGGAUGAGCUGAAGGAUUUUGUGGACCCCGUCCGGCUGAUCGUCGCAAAGCUUGGACCUGAGCCUAUCUUGAAGAAAUACGGCGUGAGUGCCGCAGAAGUGAAGGAUGGAGCCAUUCGAAGAGGCGUCGGGGAGGCUUCUGACGAGAUGGCCCACCAGGUGCUUUGCGGCUUGGCAACUCAUCGCCACCAUUUUCUUCGGGUCGGCGUGCCUGAUGAGACCUGGGCCGCCCGACGGAUCUUGAAGGACUACUGCACGGGACAGCUGCUGCAUUGCGAGCUGCCCGAAGGUGCAGGCCAUCACAAGCCCAAAGAAAGUCUAAGUGGGGAGUCUGAUUCAGACUUCAGCGAUCUUGACCAGUUCCUGGAUGACAGCAGCAUCCGUGAGCGACGGAUUACGAAGCGCAAGAUGCGUCAUUUGCAGAAGCAAAUGGCCAAAGGCGGUGUCAUAGCUCCUCAAGCUUUGGAAAAGGACCGCAAAGCCAAAUACGUUGGAAAGAACAUCCGUGGGAAGACAGUGCUGGGCUGACAAUAAGACCCGUGCCAUCUUCUCACAUGCUGUUGCUUGUGCAAAUCUUGAUGAUAUUUAUAGCCUCUGAUUGUAGUGUUGCCACCAUCCCAGUUGGACAAGCGCAGCGACAUGAGUUUCACUCGACGCUUUCAAAUUUGAAAGUUGUGCAAAGAGAGCCAGGAUGCCACCUUUCAGCCCUGGGAUCUUGAAAUCUUGGGCGCGUGGUUGUGCCUGAGUGGAAACACUCGCACG